GGCACACUUCACUGGAGCCGACUCAUUGCUGUAGCUACACAUUCCUCUGUGCUGAGGGGCUAACGUGAGGCUGGGACAAUGUCUAAGCUUGAAGAGCACCUGGAAGGGAUCGUCAACAUCUUCCACCAGUACUCAGUCCUGACAGGGAACUACGACACCCUCUCCAAGGGUGAGCUAAAGAAGCUGCUGACGAAGGAAUUUUCAAACACCAUCCAGAAUGCCAAAGACAAAGGUGGUAUUGACAAGAUAUUCGAAGGUCUGGAUGCCAAUAGAGACCAGCAGGUUGACUUUGUUGAAUUUAUGACCCUGGUGGCCAAUCUGCUGCGACUUACCCAUGAAGAGAUCCACAAACCUUAGGAAACUCUCUGCCUUUCUCCCAGCAGUGCCUUUAAUUCCCCCCCCUUGCCUGAGGGGAGGGAAUCAAUAAAACAUGCUCAGGAAAAGCUC